CAGAGAUCGUUUUCUUUCAUCCAAAUUCAUUUACAUGAAAAACAAUAUAUGGAUCGUCGAUCUGCUUAAAAUUGGAGCUAAAACAAUCCACAGCGAAUCAGAGAGAUUCUCGUUAGGGUUUUUCUGAUCCGUCCUUCCAGUGCUUCUAUCCCCACUCUCCCGACAUGGCUGCUCCCUUCUUCUCUACUCAGUUUCAGCCUUAUGUCUAUCAGAGUCAACAAGCUGCUAUGAUUCCUUUCCAGAUUUUGGGUGGCGAAGCACAGGUGGUUCAGAUCAUGUUGAAACCGCAAGAAUUUGUUAUUAUACGACCAGGUGCCAUGUGUUUCAUGUCCGGGUCCGUUGAAAUGGUGAACAUUUUUAUGCCUGAGAAUGAAGUAGGAAUGUGGCAUUGGCUUUUUGGCAAGACUAUUACCAGUGUAGUCAUUCGUAAUACUGGUUCAAGCGAUGGAUUUGUUGGAAUUGCUGCACCUUCACUGGCAAGAAUUCUCCCGAUUGAUUUGGCUAUGUUCGGUGGGGAAAUUUUGUGCCAGCCAGAUGCAUUCCUUUGCUCCAUCAAUGACGUUAAUGUGAAUGUUGCGGUUGAUCCAAGGGCGCGUAACGUGAUGGGUAGUGCAGAGGGAUUUCUGAGACAAAAACUAACUGGACAAGGUCUUGCAUUCAUUAUUGCUGGUGGAUCUGUUGUGCAGAAGAAGCUUGAUGUUGGAGAGGUACUAACUGUGGAUGUCUCCUGUAUUGCCGCGGUUAAUUCCACUGUCAGUGUUCAAAUAAAGUAUAACGGUCCCCUUAGAAGGGCUGUCUUUGGCGGAGACAAUAUGGUAACAGCUACCCUAACGGGACCAGGGAUCGUGUUCAUCCAGAGUUUGCCCUUUCAACGUUUUUCCCAACGCAUUGCAAGGGCAGUGACAUCGCCGAACAUGAGAGAGAAUCCCAAGUUCUUUGUUCAGAUAGCUAUCUUCUUCAUCCUAGCGUACGUUGUGAUUGUAUCCUCCUUGAUCUUGACUGAUAUUAGGACUCACACCUUCCGCCUCACAGCUCAGCAGCUAAACGACAUCGCAUCCGCGGCUACCUCCGCCUCCACCGCCAAGAUCUCCCGUUUCGAUCUCCUUGCGGCGAUCCUAUGGAAAUCGGUGGCCAAGAUCCGAGAGGCGACGACGGUGACGAUCUGCUGGAACAAAUACCCCGCGGCGGCGGGCAGGGAGCGCGAGCUUCCGAGCAACAAAAUGGCGGUGGGAGCGGUCCACGCCGAUUUCGCGGUGGCGAAGUGCGAGGUGUCCGAGCUGGCGGAGUUGAUUGCGGAGAGGAAGGAAGACGAGAGCGAUUCGAUCGAGGAAGCGAUGGCCGGCGGGGAGUUCGAUUGCGUGGUGUACGGAGCGAAUUUGACAUUUGUGAACCUGGAGGAGGCCCCGGUCUACGAUCUGCAGAUGAAGGGGCGGAAGCCGGUGUUUGCGAAUUGCAAGAUUGAGGGAGUCGGCGAGGAAGGGGCGGUGCUGGUGCUUCCAGGCGGCGGCGGCGGCGAGGGCGAGAAGGAAGGGGAGGGAUCUGGGAAGACGGUGACCGUUAUGCUGCCGGCGAAGCAGUUGGCCGGGUUGAAGGAGGAUCUAAGGAAGAGCUGGGGAAUUGUAUGA